ACGCCGGGUCCAGGCGGCGGCACGGCGGCACCGACAGCACCCCAGGCCAGUCCACUGCAGCGACAGCGAGCGGCAGCAAGCGACAGCAGCCCACCGGUCAGUGACGGAGACGGACCAGUGACCGCCAGAGACGGACCCCGACGGACUCGAGCGACGCGAAUGGUCUACGCCGGAGCAGCCACCGACGCCAACGUCCCCGAGAACGUCCCCGACACACAGAAACCCGCCCUCGCGCGCUCAGCCGAGAGCGCCGCCGUUCUAAAGAGAGCCAUGAAGGACAAGGGAGCGACCGUCGCGGAAGCGGGCGCCACUAACGGACACGCCAACACUAACGGAGUCGCCAAGGCCAACGGCAUCACUAACGGCAGCACUAGUGGACAGGCCAACGGCAUCACUAACGGCAGCACUAGUGGACAGGCCAACGGCAUCACUAACGGCAGCACUAGUGGACAGGCCAACGGCAUCACUAACGGCAGCACUAGUGGACAGGCCAACGGCAUCACUAACGGCAGCACUAGUGGACAGGCCAACGGCAGCACUAGUGCACAGGCUAACGGCAGUACUAACGGCCAGGCCAACGGUAUCACUAACGGCAGCACUAGUGCACAGGCCAACGGCAGCACUAACGGCCAGGCCAACGGCAUCACUAACGGCAGCACUAGCGGACAGGCCAACGGCAGCACUAACGGCCAGGCCAACGGCAUCACUAACGGCAGCACUAACGGAAACACUAACAGACACGCCAACGGCAGCACAAACGGCCGCGCCCCAGCUCCCAUCAAAACGUUGAAAAACGGCACCAACGGACUGAAAAACGAAGCCUACAAAGGAGAGAUCACGAUGGACGGCAAGGACCCCAUGUGCGACGCGGACAACCCCACGCGCCUCCAGUUCGAGGACGUGACGUCGGCGGCCUUCAAGAUCAAGGGCGGCGUCCUCAGCACGCCCUGCAUGUUGUCGCACCUGUCCGGCCUCACGGGGAUGGACAUCUACCUCAAGCAAGACUUCCUGCAGUUCACCGGGAGCUUUAAGGAGCGGGGCGCGCGGUACGCGCUGAUGGAACUGCCGGCGUCGCAGAAGGCGCGCGGCGUCAUCUCGGCGUCGCUGGGCAACCACGCGCUGGCGCUGUCGUACCACGGCAAGCUGCUGGGCAUCUCCGUGACCGUGGUGAUGCCGCUGGUGGCGCCCAUGAUGAAGAUCCAGUGCUGCCGCCAGCACGGCGCCACCGUGGUGGUGCAGGGCCAGGACAUGGCCGAGGCCAAGGCCAUCGCCAUGCGCAUGGCGCGCGAGGAGCAGCUCGCCUACAUCAACGGCUACGACCACCCGCACAUCAUGGCGGGCCAGGGCACGCUGGGCCUCGAGAUCCUGGAGCAGGUCCCCGACGUGGACGCCAUCGUGGUGCCCGUGGGCGGCGGCGGCCUCAUCGCGGGCAUCGCCACCGCCGUCAAGUCCAUGCGGCCCAACGUGGAGAUUAUCGGCGUCGAGUCGGAGCGCUGCGCCAGCUUCUCGGCCGCCUUGAAGGCGGGCAAGCCGGUGCCCGUGGCCAACGGCCCCACCAUCGCGGACGGCCUGGCCGUGCCCACGGUGGGCUACAACGCCUUCGUCACCGCGGCGCCCCUCGUCGACAGGAUGGUCGUGGUGAAGGAGGAGGUGGUGGCCGUGUCCAUUCUGCGCCUGGUGGAGCUCGAGAAGUGCGUGGUGGAGGGCGCCGCGGCGUGCGGGCUGGCCGCCAUCCUCGAGGGGCAGCUCGACGACUACAAGGGGAAGAAGCUGGUGCUGCUGCUGUGCGGCGGCAACAUCGACACGACAGUGCUGGGCCGGUGUCUGGAGCGCGGGCUGGCCGUCGACGGGCGCCUCAUCAAGUUCUCCGUGACGGUGAGCGACCGGCCGGGCGGCAUCGCCGAGCUGUGCGCGCAGCUGGCCAGGCUGGGCGUCUCCAUCAAGGACAUCGAGCACGAGCGGGCGUGGAUCGCGUCCCGUUUCAGCGUGUCCGUGACGGUCACCUGCGAGACGAGGGACAAGGAGCACGCCAACGAGCUCCGCGCCACCCUCAACAAGAGCUACACCCACAUCGUGUUCCCGUCGCCGGCGGCAGUGUGAACCAGACCGUGCGUUGUACAUAGCAUCAUCUGAUCGACUUCAUCGCCUAUACAAACCCUGUACAUUAUUUCUCAUCAUUGUCAUUUUGUUUUAAGUAUUGACUUAGCUGUAGAUUGUGACUGUUUGAGAAGAGGUUUUAUUGUUCACUGUGUGUCUAUUAGUGUAAAUGCUUCAACCAAAUUAAUAAAUUUAACUUAUAAGACUAUUGAUUGAGUAAGGAUGGGUAAAGUAAAGCAAACAAAUGGAAA